AGAUUAGAUCCACCCUGUGGGCAGACUGCUAUAAUCUUCGUCACACUAAGAGGAAUCCUGCUUCCUUUCAUUCUCUAAACAGACUAGAGAUGGGCAACAGCGAGUCAUUCUCUGAAGGUGAUCCUCUGAGGAUUGUGAUGAUUGGGAAAACUGGUGUUGGGAAGAGUGCUGUUGGUAACACCAUUAUUGGCAAAGAGGUUUUUCAGUCUUUAGUGAGUUCAGAGUCAGUGACCGAGACUUGUGAAAUAGAACGAGUUAGAGACUGCAAAAGAAAGAUCCAAGUGGUCGAUACCCCCGGCAUUCUGGAUACGUCUAAAAAUACAGACAUCAUAAAUAAAGAGAUCGCAAAAUGCAUUCACAUGACCACUCCUGGGCCUCACGUCUUCCUGCUGGUUCUUCAGAUUGGCAGGUUUACCCAAGAAGAAAACAACUCUGUGCAAGCCCUGGAGCAACUCUUUGGGCCUGAGGCAACAAACUACACGAUCAUCCUGUUCACUCAUGGUGAUAAGCUAACCAAAGAGAAGACAACCAUACAAGAGUAUUUGAGAUCUGGCCACCCUAAACUCAGACAGUUGUUGGCUAGGUGUGGUGAAAGGUAUCAUGUCUUCGAUAACAAAGAUAAAAACAGAAUUCAGGUGGCUCAUCUGAUCAAGAAGAUCGAUCACAUGGUGGGAACAAAUGGAGGAUGUCACUACACAGAUGAAAUGUUUGAGAAAGCACAGGAGCAAUUAAAAACAUCAGGACAGCUUUUAAAUGAGGCCUUCAUGGCAGAGCUGCGGCAAAAAGUCAUCCUGUUUCAGCAAAUAUUGGCUAAUCCAGAGGGCUGGACUAGCUAGGACUACACUGGCCAAUCUUCUGAGUCAAUAAUGGAUCCUUAAUCUGAUAUAAAUGGCCAUUAGUUUCUAAUUUUGUAAUCACAGUAGCUUAAAAAAACUGCUUAAUGUUUUUAGUUGAUAAGCUGUCCUGUGUCUGUUAUUAUGUGUAUAAUAGUGUUGCCUGAGAACAAAUGUAUACAUAAUUUACGUCUGUAUGUCUGGUAUGUAACCUGCAUGACAUUUAUUUUCAUCUUCAUUAGUAAAUGUUUUGAGCA